AUGGCUCUAAAGAAGUUCAGUCGUUUAUGGACCUUGUGUCUGUGUUUGGUGGCCACUGGAUCUUCCAAAAUCCCAUCUAUCACUGACCCACACUUUAUAAACGACUGUGUCGAAGCCCACAACGAAUGGCGGGGCAAAGUCAACCCUCCGGCGGCCGACAUGAAAUACAUGAUUUGGGAUAAAGGUUUAGCAAAAGUGGCUCAAACAUGGGCAAACCAGUGCAAAUAUGAACAUAACAGCUGUUUGGAUGUAUCAUAUGGAUGUUAUGCACCUCUUGAAUUUAUUGGAGAAAAUAUCUGGUCAGGUGGAAUAAAGUUAUUCACACCAAAACGGGCCGUUACUCUUUGGUAUAAUGAAACCCAAUUUUAUGAUUUUAAUAGUCUGUCAUGUUCCAAAGUUUGUAGCCAUUUUACACAGGUGGUUUGGGCCAAUUCAGUUUAUCUUGGUUGUGCAGCUGCAGCAUGUCCUGACCUUGGGGGAGCUUCAUCUGUGAUAUUUGUAUGCAACUAUGGACCUGCAGGAAAUUUUGCAAAUAUGCCUCCUUAUACGAAAGGACAAUCUUGCUCUCUCUGCUCAACACAAGAGAAAUGUGUAAAGAAUCUCUGCAAAAAUCCAUUUCUGAAGCCAUUGGGGAAAGCACCUCAGCAGAUAGACUUUAAUCCGUUCAGCUUAGCUCUUCUUCUUCUGAUAAUCUUUUAACGUCAUUUAUGUACAAAAAUAUUCUCAAAUAUUAAAAUAAAGGAAUAUUUAAUUGCUUAAUAUAACUUAUCCGUUUUAUUUAUUGACUCUUUCACACUCUUGCCUGAUACCUAAAUUUAAUAUUAGUUUUUAACUCAAAAAAAUAUAUUGCAGUAUGGAAAAUGGAUAAACAGUAGAAUAAAGUCUUGAGGUUUUUUUUUUUUUAAUUACAAAA